UGACGCAGUGAAACUGGGUUGUUUUUGUCUUUGCUCCCCCCUCAUCCGACGCCCCCUCCCCUCCCGUCCUCCACUCCAUUUCCGUUUCCCGCGGAAGCCCCUCCCUGUUAGCCUGUUAGCCGUUAGCUGUGCAGCUGGACGGCAGGAGCAGAAACCGGGAACGGAGGAGAAAAACCCCGGGCAGAGGGGGACAUGAGUCGGGAGGCAGGCCGCAGAGGACCUCGGUGAAAAGUCGGCAGCUCUCCUGCCGGAUCAACCCGCUUCCAGCUGCUGGAGACUGUAAAACGCUUCAUGACGUUACGAGUGAAGAGUGAUAAAGAGUACGCUGCCUUGCUGCUCAGCAUGACUCAACAAACAGAGAAACAGGAAGCUGCUGACUACAUCAGCACAGUCAGCAAGUCUUGGUCUCAGGUAAUCCAUCAGACAGAGGCUUUGGGUCGAAUCAUGAAAAGUCACGCCGAUGAUCUGAACUCGGGCCCACUGCACCGCCUUGCCACACUGAUACGAGACAAGCARCAGGUGAAGAAGAGCUACCAGAGUCUUCAUCAGCAGCUGGAGAGCCACAAUCACAAGGUAACCAAAAUUGAGCUGGAGAAGCUGAAGACGACAUAUCGUCAGCUGAGCCGUGAUGCUAACAGCGCCAAAGAAAAGUACCGUGAGGCUCUGGCCAAAGGCCGAGAGGCUGAGCGUGCUCGUGACCGUUACGACAAAGCCACGGCAAAACUCCACAACCUCCAUAAUCAGUAUGUGUUGGCGGUGUGUGGCGCCCGAAUGCAUCAGGACGAGCAUCGACGCUACGCGGUGCCAGCACUGCUCGAUGCGCUGCAGAAGAUGCAAGAGGACAUGACACUGGCACUUAAAAGUAUCCUGGAGGAAUACUGUGAGAUCAGCAGCCUGCUGACAGAGGAAAUCGUCAAAGUGCAUCAGGAAAUUUCAGCAGCGGUUCAGCAGAUCGACCCACUCACAGAGUACCAACACUUCAUUGAUACAUACAGGUCUCCAGAGAUGCCAGAGGCCAGCGUGGAGUUUGAUGCAUCCCUGUUGGAGGACACGGACAACAUCCAAGCCAAUGAGAUCAUGUGGAACACCCUAACAGCCGACAGCCUGCAGGCAACAUUGUCAACAACCACAGCAGAGCUGGCACUCACUCAGCAGAACCUGAAUUUAAAGGAGAAGUUAGUCGAAGAACUGGAGUCCAGAAUCCAGACGGGUCAGCAGAAUUCUGAGAGGAAGAGCGACUGUGUCCUGCUGCUCAGUCAGAAACUGUCCCUUCUUGAGGUUCGUCAUACCGUCCAGUCACUGCACAGCUCCGAGGCCCGCCUUCUGUCCCAGAAAGCCCUGCUGGAUGCUAAGAUGGCUGCUGCAGUAGCAUCUCCGCCGCCACCGGCCUUCCCGGCGCUGCAGUACGAGGACGACACUCGAUCAGUUGGAUCCACUGACAAGACGAAAGAGAAGAGCUCUCGCUUGGAUACUCUGCGUCACUCUCUGGCUGGGAUGAUCCGAUCUAAAGCCAUGCUGGGCUCCUCUAGUUCGCAGCAGUUUUUUGAGGUGAUUCCUACGUCAGAACGCCCGCUAGCAGAGCAGGAGUGGUACCACGGUGCCAUCCCCCGCACUGAGGCUCAGGAGUUACUACGGCAACAGGGAGACUUCCUGGUCCGGGAGAGUCACGGGAAACCGGGCGAGUACGUCCUGUCGGUGUUUUCUGAUGACCAGAGACGGCACUUUAUCAUUCAAUAUGCCGACGACAAGAAGUGGAUCUUGAACCACGAGGACGUGGUGCUUGGCGAGCUGCUUGGAAAGGGGAACUUUGGUGAGGUCUUCAAAGGAACCUUACAACGUGACAAGAUUCCAGUUGCUGUCAAAACCUGUAAAGAAGAUUUACCUCCAGAGCUGAAAAUACGCUUCCUGUCUGAGGCCAGAAUCCUGAAGCAGUACGACCAUCCCAACAUUGUGAAGCUGAUUGGUGUUUGUACGCAGAGGCAGCCCAUCUACAUCGUCAUGGAGCUUGUUCCUGGGGGAGAUUUCUUGUCAUUUUUAAGAAAGAAGAAAGAUGAACUGAAGACAAAACAGUUACUUCGCUUCUCAGUGGAUGCUGCUGCUGGGAUGUCGUACCUGGAGAGUAAGAACUGCAUCCACAGGGACCUAGCGGCGAGGAACUGCCUGGUAGGAGACAACAGUGUGUUGAAGAUCAGUGACUUUGGGAUGAGUAGACAGGAAGAUGAUGGAGUUUAUUCUUCAUCUGGACUCAAACAGAUCCCCAUUAAAUGGACCGCACCUGAGGCUCUGAACUAUGGACGUUAUAGCUCAGAAAGUGAUGUGUGGAGUUAUGGCAUCCUGCUGUGGGAAACGUUUAGUCUUGGAGUGUGUCCCUAUCCUGGAAUGACUAAUCAACAGGCACGAGAACAAGUUGAGAAAGGUUACAGGAUGGCGUGUCCUCAGCGUUGCCCUGACGACGUAUACAAAGUGAUGCAGCGCUGUUGGCAGUACAACCCAGAAGAUCGACCUAAAUUCUCUGAGUUGCAGCGAGACUUGGCUGCCAUCAAGAAGAAAUAAGAAAAGCUGAWCACCAAUGGCAGCCUCACUUUGUGAGAAAUGAGAGUCUGACUGAUUAUACACAAAGUAAAGUCACAUGAAGUCUUCAGCAGCUUCCUGUGUGCAGGUGGGUACUCACCUUAGAGACUGUCAAUUUACAGUAAACCAACAGUAAGGUGGCAACCCAACAGUAAAGAGUCGACCCAACAGUAAAGAGUCAACCCAACAGUAAAGAGUCGACCCAACAGCAGAGUCGACCCAACACUACCCAACAGUAAAGAGUCGACCCAACAGUAAAGAGUCGACCCAACAGUAAAGAGUCGACCCAACAGCAGAGUCAACCCAACAUUACCCAACAGUAAAGAGUCGACCCAACAGUAAAGAGUCGACCCAACAGUAAAGAGUCGACCCAACAUUACCCAACAGUAAAGAGUCGACCCAACAUUACCCAACAGUAAAGAGUCGACCCAACAGUAAAGAGUCGACCCAAGAGUAAAGAGUCGACCCAACAGUAAAGAGUCGACCCAACACUACCCAACAUUAAAGAGUCGACCCAACAGUAAAGAGUCAACCCAACAGCAGAGUCGACCCAACACUACCCAACAGUAAAGAGUCGACCCAACAGUAAAGAGUUGACCCAACACUACCCAACAGUAAAGAGUCGACCCAACAGUAAAGAGUUGACCCAACACUACCCAACAGUAAAGAGUCGACCCAACAGUAAAGAGUCAACCCAACAGCAGAGUUGACCCAACACUACCC